CUCCAUUCGAGCAGGCUUCGAAAGCAGUUUCAUGGAAAGACUUCAAACUGUACAAAUUUAUACGUGAUUCCACCAUCAUUAUCACAAGCAAACUCUACAUAAACACGAAAAUAACAAGUAUGGAAAACCUCACAGUAGUAGAACUGAUGUGGGAUAGCUCCUCGAAACUGGGAAUGCAGGAAUUCGAGGAAGGCAAAGACGAGAGCUGCAGCGGUAGAAACUUCUUUGACAUGUACGUGAACUUCCUGUGGAUCUUCGCCUGCAUCUACGUCCUGUCCAAGCUGACCCAACUCUCCGAGCGCCUCCUUGGCCAAAAGUUUCUGGGCCAGAAGCAAUGGUGCGACGUCCGCUCGAUCAAAAACGAGUGGGAGCUGACCCUGCAGCUUUACGAGGAGGACAAGCGCCAGCUGGACGCACAGGUGCGGGAGCUGCGCGAAAAGAACCUCAAUAUGGAGCGCGUGAUGAACGACCUGCGCGACUGCAACAUCCACCUGAUCAGCGAGAACUUUAUGCGAUCCGUGAUGCAGGAACAGAAGCCGAGGCCAGCCCAGUCCAACGUCUACAUCACCAACAGCCACUUCCACCUCACACGACAGGUGUUCGUGAACGAGAGUCUCCAUGUGCAUAAUGCCGGCAGAACGGAUCUCGACUCCAUGGAGGGGCUGAAUGUCUGGCUGCAGUACCUGAAGAUGCGCAAGUGCUACAUGGGCCCGAUUGCCGAUCCAAAUUUGAUAGCUCCCAGCAGCCCCGAGCAGAUGCUGCCCAUUGUUAUGACCACCGAGCAGUUGGCCAAGUUGCAGGGCAUGAUCUAGUUGACUUUUAUUUGAACGCAUUGAAAAUAGCAAUUGUUAUUGUUAUAUUAAUCAAAAUACAAAAAAAUACCACAAAAAAAUAUAUUAAGCAAUAUUAAAA